AUGGCAGUGGAAGGAGUCCAUGUCCUGCUGGUCACAUUACCAUUUCAAGGUCACAUAAACCCAAUGCUCAGAUUUGCCAAACGCCUUGUAUCAAAAGGCCUUCACGUAACACUUGCCACACUCGAAGUCUUUAGUCAAACACUUUCAAAUGCCAAGUCCUACACCAACCUCAACACCCAGGUCGAUGAAACCCCCGAACUCCAUCUCGAGUUCUUCUCUGAUGGCCUCCACCUCGACCUUGAUCGCAACAAGCACCUCGAUCUCACAUUACAGUCCUUGCCAUUGUUGGGCUCGAAAAAUCUCUCCAAUCUCAUCACAAAUCUGGCCGCUAAUGGUCGAACAUUUUCUUGCAUAAUCUAUCAAAUCUUCGUUCCUUGGGUAGCAGAUGUUGCGGCUGAUCACGGCAUCCCUUGUGCCAUGCUCUGCAUACAAGGUUCUUCUCUCUUUUCCAUUUACCAUCGAUACCAUAAUGAUUUCGAAGCAUUCCCGCCAUUUGAUAAUCCAAAUAAUGCCUUACAGUUGCCUGGGCUGCCAUUGUUGGAAGUAAAAGAUCUUCCAACAUUUAUCCUUCCGUCGUGUCCUCAACACUUCAAGAAUGUGCUGUCAGAUUCAUUUCGAAGUUUGGAGAAAGUGAAUUGGGUUUUGGUCAAUUCAUUCUAUGAGCUGGAGGCUGAUGUGGUGAAGUCCAUGGCUUUGCUCAAACCUCUUCUUCCCAUAGGCCCGUUGGUGCCCUCUUCACUAAUAGGAAAAGAAGAAGUGAUAAUGGAUCGUCUUGAUAUGUGGAAUUCUGAUGAUUCUUGUUUGGAAUGGCUGGACAAGAAGCCGAAUUCAUCGGUUGUGUAUCUCGCAUUUGGCAGCCUAACUGUGUUGGCAAAAAAGCAGAUUGAGAACAUAGCUAUGGCAUUAAAGAAAAGCAAACGGCCAUUUCUUUGGGUUAUCAAGUCAGGAGAGAGAGAUUCCGACAAGGAAAAUGGACUGCCAGUUGGGUUUAUGGAAGAGACCAAUGGCACGGGACUGGUGGUGUCAUGGUGUAAUCAGGAAAAGGUGCUUAUGCACGGUGCUUUGGCUUGUUUUGUGAGCCAUUGUGGGUGGAACUCGACUUUGGAGGCGGUGGCGGCUGGGGUGCCUGUGAUUGCAUUUCCGGAGUGGACGGACCAACCCACGAAUGCAAAGCUUCUAGUUGAUGUUUUCAAGAUGGGAGUGAGAAUGAGGCCCCAGGAAGACGGGGUUGUCACCAAAGAGGAGGUUGAAAGAUGCAUUUUUGAAGUCACUGAGGGGCUGAGGGCGACGGAGAUUAAGGAAAGGGCAGCAGAAUUGAAGGACGCGGCCAGAAAGGCGGUUGCAGAUGGUGGUUCUUCUGAUGGGAAUGUUGAUUAUUUCAUCAGCCAAAUCAUUGAACAAUCUAGCUAGACUCUGGUCAUCAGAG